AAAAAACUGAUGAAAAGUCUAUAAAAACUGUGUGCAACCAAACAUUCUUUCUAUUUGGCAGCUGCUGCCUCACCUACAGCUUCUGACAUCUAAGGGGCUCUUCUCUCCCAAACUACCCAUCACCAUGGCCCACCGGUUUCCAGCCCUUACCCCAGAGCAGAAGAAGGAGCUCUCAGAAAUCGCCCAGCGCAUUGUUGCCAACGGAAAGGGGAUCCUGGCUGCAGAUGAAUCUGUAGGCACCAUGGGAAACCGCCUGCAGAGGAUCAAGGUGGAAAACACAGAAGAAAACCGCCGGCUGUUCCGAGAAAUGCUCUUCACUGUGGACAAUUCUGUCAACCAGAGCAUUGGGGGUGUGAUCCUCUUCCAUGAGACCCUCUACCAGAAGGACAGCAAAGGAAAGCUGUUCAGAAACAUCCUCAAGGAAAAGGGGAUCGUGGUGGGAAUCAAGUUAGACCAAGGAGCUGCUCCUCUUGCAGGAACAAACAAAGAAACCACCAUUCAAGGGCUUGAUGGCCUCUCAGAGCGCUGUGCUCAGUACAAGAAAGAUGGUGCUGACUUUGGGAAGUGGCGUGCUGUGCUGAGGAUUGCAGACCAGUGUCCAUCCAGUCUUGCUAUCCAGGAAAAUGCCAAUGCCCUGGCCCGUUACGCCAGCAUCUGUCAGCAGAAUGGACUGGUACCUAUUGUUGAACCAGAGGUAAUUCCUGAUGGAGACCAUGAUCUGGAACACUGCCAGUAUGUUACUGAGAAGGUCCUGGCUACUGUCUACAAGGCCCUGAAUGACCAUCAUGUUUAUUUGGAGGGCACCCUGCUGAAGCCUAACAUGGUGACUGCUGGGCAUGCCUGUACCAAGAAAUAUACUCCAGAGCAAGUGGCUAUGGCCACUGUCACAGCCCUUGAUCGUACUGUACCUGCGGCUGUUCCUGGCAUCUGCUUUUUGUCUGGCGGCAUGAGUGAAGAGGAUGCUACUCUAAACCUCAAUGCUAUCAAUCUUUGCCCUCUACCAAAGCCCUGGAAACUAAGUUUCUCUUAUGGACGGGCCCUGCAGGCCAGUGCACUGGCUGCCUGGGGAGGCAAGGCUGAAAACAAGAAAGCAACCCAGGAGGCUUUUAUGAAGCGGGCUCAGGCUAACUGCCAGGCGGCCAAAGGACAGUAUGUUCACACAGGAACUUCUGGUGUUGCUUCCACCCAGUCACUCUUCAUGGCCUCCUAUACCUACUAGGACCUGGUGCCCAUCAGGCUGGCUCCAGCACUUCUAGUGGGAGGGCUGAAAGGGAACAACUAUUCCACCACCUCUGGAAAUUAGACAAAAUUAGACUGGAACUGCUGGAAACACAAUGCAUGUUAAAUCUUAAACACAAGGGGAAAAAAAAUCAGCUAUUGAAACAUAAGAAAGAAUAUUAAGAAACUGAUGAAAUUUCACACAAUAGUUCCCUUGCAACACUUUCAGCUCCCCUUGCCCCAGAGUACCUACCCAAGAUAACAAUAGGCUUUAAAACCAAAAUCAUCUCUUCAUCCAAAUAACAACUACCAAAUGAAACAUCUCAAAAGCUAAGUGCAGAAAAGUGCAUCUCAUGAAACAAUCUCAGCAACAGUAGACUGGGAAAGAGACAGCUGCAACCACAAAAUAAAUGUUCUAUAAACCUUCA